CCUCAGUCUCUCGCUCGCAGAAAACCACUUUGUCUUUCUCUCAUCUCCCGCUCAAUCGUAACAUACAAAUUGCGGUUAUCAAUCUCUAAUCAACUAGGGAUUUAGGGUUUCAUUGCUCUCUCGUCGGUGCCUUCUUGAUCAGGAGCAUUGGUGAGGGUAUUGUGCUGGGAAGACGAUUGGAUCUUAUGAAUUGCUUACUUGAUCGGAAUGUUUCCCAAAGAUUUGGUUCAGAUGAUUUCACAGCAUUCAAAUUUUCGCACAGAUUGACAGAGGUUAAAAGAGUGAGACUAAAUUCUUGGACUGGAACUCCAUUCUUUAGUACAGUGUCGGUUUUGCAAGCUGGGCAAAAUGGGUCAGUAAUUUAGUAUUAUAGCUAGGAUUCUCAGUCAGUCUCGCUUGUUUCGUCAUAGAAUGGGUAGUACGAGAAGAAGGGUAACAGUGGCUGAAGAAGAGGAGAAUAUUGACCUUGAAAAAGGGGAGAAUGUCGAGAUUAGGUUCCGAAUUACGGAUGGCGUUGAUAUAGGUCCUGGUGGUUAUGCAUCAUCUCUGACUGUUGAGGCUCUUAAGCAACAACUUGUUGCUCUAUGGCCUGAAGGCACACCACGUACUCCGAACUCAGGAAAUGAUUUGAACCUUGUGUACAAUGGCAAAAUUAUGGAGAAUGGCAUGACGGUGGCUGAUUGCAUAAAAACUUGUGUACGCCUUCCUGAUGGGGUUAUUACCAUGCAUGUGACCGUACGGACUCCAGCAGCUGAAAUAGAGAGGGAUAGGAGGGAGCUGGAGUUGCUGAGGCUUGAACGAUGCAAUUGUAACAUCAUCUAAAUCUGAGCUGACAUUUCUGAGGUUAUGAUUUUAGUUGGAUUUCACAGUUGAAUUAGCAAAGAAGUAAUGAAGGGCUGCUCUAUGUGAUUGCUUUAAAUCUUCAUUUUGUUAGCAAAUCCAUGAUACCUGACCAAAAAAUAGAGUUUUGCUAGUGUUGUUGUAAAGUUGUUUGGCCGCUCACUCUGGUGGGGCAAAACCAUUACAAUUUGAAUUUUUGUCUGCUCACUCUGCUGGACCAAACCAUUACACACAUUAUUUUUUUUGUUCACUCUGCUGGAGCAAACCGUUACACACACAUAUAUUUUUGUUUGCUCACUCUGCUGAAGCAAAUUACUCAUGUAAACUGCUCAUAGUACUCUUUUCUAAUACACUACUCCUUUAUUGACUCUAAUGACUGA